UCUAAAGCCCCCCUCUCUUAAAACCCCCCUAGUCUUCUAAACCUCUCUCUCUCUCCUCUUUUUAAGUACCGUCCCAUCCCAUUCUGGUCCCUUUCCCUCUCCCACUUCCUCGCAUUUUCUUGUCCCUAAUCGGUUUCAUUCGUCUCCCACUCUCAAUUUGCUCUUCCCGAUCAUGAUUUUCUGGGCGAGAGUUUAUUUUCCUUCACGUAAGGAAACAAGAACUCUAUGAAUCUUGAAUUCCCUUCUUUUCUGCCGUCACCAUGAAGGCCUUUUCCCAUUUCUUAUCGUCUUUCUCCUCAAACCCUAUUUUCUCGUGCAUUGUUAGUCUUUACGCUCUGAUUCUUAUCUAUCUACCCCACCUUUUCCUGAGAAUCAUUUUCUCCCCGGUGCUUAACGCGACUGGAAUUCUGUUCUUCGCUCUACUCCGACUCGGUGCAAUUCAGAGAUUGGAAGACGAGAUCACUGAUAACUCUUGCCAGUUUCAAACGAGCCGGGAUGCUGGCGAAAACGCGGAAAGCAAAGAGAACGGGGAAAGCGGUUCCGUUGAGCCAGUUAAAACCGAGUUUCCAGAAGAAGACAUUGGUGUCGCCUCCCAAUCGGAAACCGACUCCGAGUCCGAUUCCGGUAUCAAUCUCAUCCCAUGCUUCGAGGACUCCUUCGUCGAAUGGGAUGUGAAGGCACCGUUGGAGGUCAUAUACGAAGAAUACGAAGGUGAUGAAGCAGAAGAGGAUCCGAAUCCGAGCGAAAAGUAUCCAAACCCGAACGAGGGGGAAGGGAUAAAAAAUGUGAGCCAUGAGAGGCACCCAUCACUUUCAAUGUAUUACCCGGAAUCAGACUCGGAUGACUCAUCCGAAGGCGACGGCGAUUUUCGCAAUUUUCCGCCGAUCGGAGAGUGGUACUCCCCGGAGAGCGGGUGCCUCACGUGGAACGAGGAGGACAGAGAGGGUCUAAUAGAGAUUGCCUUGGAUGGGAAUAAGAGAGGGCGUGAUUUUCAUGUCGAGGAAGAGAACUUGAUUGAGAUUGAUAUUUCUCCGAUGCGAAAUGAGGAAUUUCCAGGCAAGAAAUUGAAGUUUCCCGGUGAGAAGCUUACGAAAACUGAUGAACCGAACGGGCAUGUAAUCGGUAAUAUAAAGCCUCGAUAGGGGAGUGAACAGUAGUUUUAUGAACAAUGGAGCGAUGGAGACUUUGCGGAAAAGAAAGUGAAGAAAUAGUAUAAAGAUUGGGCUCUCCUUUGUCCUUGUUCAGAUGCUUGUUUCCAAGUUCCAACCGGUUGCCUUCCUUCCGCGGACUUUGCUUGAUUUUUUUUUCUUCCUUUUUAAUCAACUUAAAAGAUAUAUUUGAUAAUAGAUGUUUUAUUGUGGA